UCUCGUCGGAGAGUCUCUUUGCGACCUGAAAAGUGCUGACGGUGGUGCGUGCGCAGGAGGCAGGUGAUCUGGCAGAACCGUCGCGAACUGCACUCCGCGGCGGCCCUGCUGGUUCCUCCUGGGGCGAGGAAAAAAAUCAGCAUGUCUUCCUCCAGACUGGGGCUCCGUUUGGCUGCCUGUUUACUAAACAUUUCAGAAGCCAGAACAAAACACAUUGUUGAGAACAUAGCAAACGCAGCUCUUGGAAGAAAUGGGCAGAAACAUCCAGAAGUAUCAGUGCUCAAUAUAUUUUCUGAUCAAGACUACAACAGAUCAGUCAUUACAAUAGUAGCUUCUGUUGAUGAGUUAGGCAAUUCUGUUCUGGCUGCCUGCUUGGAAGCCUUCCAGUCUAUCGAUAUGCAGGUUCAAGAGGGAAUCCAUCCUUGCCUGGGAGCAGUGGACCUGAUUCCCAUUUAUCCUCUCACUGAUGUUGGAGUGGAAGAGUGUGGAGCUGUGGCCAGAAGCCUUGCUGAGAAUCUGGUCCUGCACAUUCCUGGCUGCAGCGUUUUUCUCUUUGGUGAGGCCGACCUGCCUGAGAAGCGCCCUCUUGUCCAGAGAAGGAAGCAACUGGGCUGGUUCACUAGGAGGGAUUUCAGUGCUCUUGAACCUGACCUGGGAGCUGCACCUACCCGAAGAUGUGGUUUAACAGAUCUGUCUCUGAUGCAAUUAUCAUCUGCUGAGUUCUUGCCCAUUUAUUCUCUCCUGUACCUGGAAGACCCAUCAGCUUCUGGUUUCAUAGCAUCAUCCGUUCGACUAUCAGCACCUCCUCUGUACGAUGGUACAUUCUGUGCAGCUAGACACAAUCCUGCUUCAUCAAGUGAGGAAGUGGAGGAUGAAUCCCCCGUCCCCAGAUUUCUGCCAGAUGAAGUUUCCUGAAUUGAGCCACAAAACUUGCUGCAACUAAUUGGGAGGUUCCUGGAAUCACUCCCACUGUCCUGAAAGAGCCAAGUCAGCCAUAGGACCUAGAAGGGUCCCCAUCAGUAUUUGAGUCAGGAAGGAAAAUUGCCACCAGAUGGUGCCAAAACUGCAGCCAGCACCAGGAUGGAUUUGGAUGGUGCAAUCAAUACCCCAGAACUUCUGGCUGGCUGACUGUGGAGUCAUUUGGGUUAUUUCUUUCCUUUUGAAUUCACAUCCCUACAUUUUAUGCAAGUAUGUUGUUUGGACGUGACACAUUGAGUUGUGACAAGGUUUUAUUGAUUUCUUACUUGCUGGCUUGACUGUAAAGUCCCUGAGGAUAAAGCUUCAUUCACAAGUAUUUAUUGAGCACCUACUGUAUUUCAGUGGGACAGAUUUACCAUGAUGUUAAUGAAACUUAAGCUGCAGGUGCCCUCACUUGCAUGAAACCCUUGUAAGGCCUGGGACAGACCCUUGAAAUAAGCUCAUAUGGUUGUAUGAUUUGUAAGACUUGCAAAUAUAAGACAUUUCAGCCACAAUUUAUCAAAACUGCUGUCUCUUCCCACUUAGACUUCUUCAUUAUACUUCCCUUCAUGACCAGUGAUAUUGGGGUGUCCAGAUUUUGCCUCACGGGCUCACAACCUGUGCGGUAGCACAGGAUCUUGUAUUUAAAUGGUUCAGUGCCCUGCUGUCACUGAAAUUCUGAAUACUUUUCAAGAAGAGGAUUCUCAUUUUCAUUUCCACUGGGCCCCGUAAAUUAUGUAGCUGGUUCUGAGAACGGCCAUGGGCAUUUUUGGAUGCAGUUUAAGGGAAAAUUGGGGAUAAUUAGGAUUUAGUGGGCUAUAUUUAUGUGGUUCAUAGUCGCUUCCAUGUGUCGUUAAGUGCAAGAAUGGCUUCCAGGUAUAUUCCUCUCACCCUCUGUAUUGUGACACACGAAGCCCGGUCAGCCGAUUAUCACGACGCAUGUGUCCUCUGGUGUCCAGCACCAGAAAUAUGUAAGUGUGGAGGUCAAACAAGGGUCAUGAGGUAUGGAGCCAGAAACUAGUCUUUGGAAAAUCUUUCCAAUUAUUAGUCGCAUAAAACUGUAAGCAAGAGAUGUGGCUCUUAAUAGUGUUCAUGCAGAACAAAAACUCUUGUCCUGCAGGAAUGUAUGUGUUGACAUAGUGUGUACAAUUACAAACACACCAGCGUAUUUCUUUUUUUCCCCCCGUGAUAAUCAUAUGAAACAGAAUUGAUCAAAAGUCCUAUUGGAGAAUAAAUCUCUGGUAGAGCUAUAAAGGGCAUGUAUGUCUGUGUGGGAAGUUGUAUAUUGGGAAGUAGCAUACCAAACAUUAAUAAUUAAAAACAGAUUUUUAUGAACCAUUCUAGAAAGAAGAAUGCAUUAGCUUUAUAUUGUCUUGUCAUUUGAAUAGGUAAUCAAAGAGCAUGAAGCCAUAAAAAUGUGGAAAACAUCUAGAAAAGUAUUAUAGAGAUAAUAAAAAUGUCAUUAUUUUUUAGCAAUUUACAAUAGCGAGAGUAUAUCUCCACUUAAAAAAAAAUGUAUAAUUUGUUGUGAUUUAUUUUCUCAUUCUAAAUUUACUUAUGCGAUUAUUUUUUGAUUAUUUUUCUAUUUAUUUUUAAUUGAGGUGUGAUUGCCAUAACAGUAUAUUAGUUUCAGAUAUACAACAUAAUGAUUUGAUAUUUGUACGUAUCGCAAAAUGGUCACCACAGUAAGUCGUUAACAUCCAUUACCAUAUGAUUAUUUUUCUUAAAGAUGGUACUCAAAAUUGUAUAAGCUCACAAAACCUGUGUACUGAAUACAUGUAAUCACUUGACUCAGACAUUAUCUUAUUUAAUCCUUACAACAUCCAUCCGAGAUUGAUAUAUUCCCACUUUACAGGUGCAGAUACUGGGGCUCAGAGAGGUUAAGUAACUUCCUUGAGGUCAUUCAGCUGAUAACCUGCAGGUCCAGGUUUCUGUUUAGGUCUGUCCUUUCUGAAGUUCAUGCUUUUACCUAUUGCUCUCUUGUUUCUAGAGCAACGCAUCAUUUCCUCAGAAAAGUCUUUUAAGAUCACCAUUUAGCUUCUAUGCUCCGUAAGGCCUGUCCUUUUUUUCAUAACUCAUAUCGCUAUUCAAUUACUAAAGCAAAUGUUGUCAUUAUGCUUCCACCUCCACGAAGGAAGCUGUGUGUCUUUUUAACUACAUACAGCAUAGAGGUUAGUGUGUACAGUCAGUGAAUUCGUUUCUCUAGGUCUACUAAUUUUCAGAGACAUCUUCGAGCAACUUUGGGCUUUCAAACUCUUUCUCACCUUUCCUGCCCCAGACGGAGGAAGGGUCCGGGAGCCAUGAAACAUUAGGCUCAGAAUUAACACCUGAGAGUGUUGGGGUUCUGCAGUUGAUAACGGAGAGAUGUGCUUGUUUAUUCAUUCACAUCCUCACGUGGAAGCUUGGUACCUAGUCUAGGUCCCGAGAAUCCAUAUCCAAGGAGUGUGGCGGGAUGGCCAUUCAUGGCAUAAAUGUAUCUGUUUCCUAGCUUUGUAUUUUCGUAAACUGAGUCAUCUUAAAAUGGGGAAACACCUGUAUCCAAUUUUCCCUGGAAUGUACAACUGAGUUCUCUUAAACUCCUCAUUUCAGAUGAGGUUUUCUGGAUGACACCAUCUGGGAAAUGUCACUUUGAUUAAAGUAAAUAUGCAGCAUAGUUAACACUGGGAGCCUAUUUGAAUUUCCUUAAGUAGCCACAUCUUACAGAAGCAGAAGGCAGUCGGCUCUUUGGGUUGGGAGGACUUGAGAGUGUUGCAUUCCCCAAUUUGGUGUCAGUCGAAUGGCAGUGUGUGGCCAACUGAGCUCUGAAGGGUUUUGUGUAUUUUUCUUUUCUUACCAUUGGGCAUUUUUUUUUCUUUUUCAGUUUAUUUUGACACUAAGAAGAAAAUAUAUAAAAAUAAAAAACUUAGCUUUAUGAUUGCCAAGUUUUUCUUCCAAACUAAGGAAAAAAAAAACAGUUGUUGAAAAUAUGAUGAAUGGUAUCCUUUGUUUUAUUUUCAAUGUAGCACAUGAGGGCAGUGCCACUGGAAUGAGGCCAAAUUCCCCAGGCAGGAGGGAGCACUGGGCUGAGAAGAGGCCUGGGGAUUUUGUGGGGAGGGUGUCAGGUUGGUGUGUCAGGAUUUCCUCUCAGUCGCAAACAUCUCUCCUUUCUCGCCUGCCCAUCCCUCCUAUCUUUCAGUCAUUCGUUGUGUUUUCAGCACUUGCUACUUAUGAGGAUGUCAUCUAUUUGUAAGAAAAUGCCAUUGGUACCGGGUGGGGCUUUCAGGCCUUUAAGUUGUGGUUUUCCCAACUUCCACAGCUACUGACUUUAUUUGACUGUGGGAUCAUGUAUGGUUGAGGGCAACAGUGAGUUGUUAAUGUGUAAGCAAACCCUGGGAUUGUUAGCAUUCUUCCUCCUUUAUUGUUGUCUUGUCACCAAGUGGUUUGGGAGAGCCAAGGGGCAGAGUCCAAGUUCUUUGUUCUGUAAGUGAACCUCAGAGUAGUCCCCUUCUGCUCUCGAGCUCUCUCCCCCUCUCCUUCUGUCCCUCUGUCCCUUUCUCCCUCUCCCCCUCC